AUGGUUGGAUUUAAGCUCUGCAGUGAUUCCAUGCUAUUUCUGAUUGGUGAUGAUUCAAACCCCGAUUGUGGUUUCAGAUUGGAGAAAGUGGGAGCUUUGCAAUGGAGGAAAGUCGUGCAAGACAAUGAAAAAUGGAGGCUUGUCACAUCUAUGUGGCUACAUGCCGGUAUCAUCCACCUUCUUGUCAAUAUGUUCAAUGUGAUCGUCAUCGGUAUCCGCCUUGAGCAGCAGUUUGGCUUCCUAAGAGUUGGGCUCAUCUACUUAAUAUCGGGGUUCGGUGGGAACAUUCUCUCUGCCCUCUUCCUUCAAAAUAGCGUCUCUGUUGGUGCGUCGGGCGCUCUUCUUGGACUCCUUGGAGCAAUGUCAUCCGAGCUUCUCAUCAACUGGACUAUCUACGCCAACAAGCUGGCUGCAUUGUUCACGAUCUUGUUCAUCGUCGCAAUCGAUUUGGCAAUAGGCUUGCUUCCUUGGGUUGACAACUUUUCUCACAUUGGUGGGUUCUUGACCGGAUUUCUCCUCGGGUUUGUACUACUGAUCCAGCCUCAAAAUGCGUGGGAAGAGUACCGCAACUCUGCUCCUUAUGGUGCCCGCCCUAGACCAAAGUAUAACCCGUGCCAGUACGUGUUGUUCUUUAUUGGUGCUGUUUUGGUCGUCGCAGGUUUAACAGUUGGGACUGUGAUGCUGUUCAAAGGAGAGAAUGGUAACAAACAUUGCGAAUGGUGCCAUUACCUAGACUGUUACCCUACCUCCAAGUGGUCUUGUUGA